UCGGGCUCCCGCAGCCGCAGCUCGCGCCCCGCGCAUGCCCCGGCCCUGUCGGAUCCGGUCGUUGGGCCCCGGUCCAGGGUCUCGGUGGCGUGCGAGGCGAGAUGCUGAGGCGCAGCUUGGAACACCGGGAUGCUCAAACCAGACAGCUGCAAAAUGCGGUCACCAACGUGGAGAAGCAUUUCGGAGAGCUGUGCCAGAUUUUUGCUGCUUACGUGCGGAAAACGGCCAGGCUGCGGGACAAAGCGGACCUCCUGGUGAAUGAGGUGAACGUGUACGCCGCCACAGAGACCCCAAAUUUAAAGCAGGGCCUGAAAAACUUUGCCGACGAGUUUGCCAAACUUCAGGACUACCGACAAGCAGAGGUUGAAAGACUUGAAGCCAAAGUAGUUGAACCAUUGAAAGCUUAUGGAACCAUUGUAAAAUUGAAACGAGAUGACCUCAAAGCAACAUUAACAGCAAGGAAUCGAGAAGCCAAACAGUUAACUCAGUUAGAAAGAACACGCCAGCGAAACCCAUCUGACCGACAUGUUAUUUCACAGGCAGAAACUGAAUUACAGAGAGCUACAAUGGAUGCUACUCGAACAACUCGUCAGCUGGAGGAAACUAUUGACAAUUUUGAAAAGCAGAAAAUAAAGGAUAUAAAGACUAUAUUUUCAGAAUUUAUCACCAUUGAAAUGCUGUUUCAUGGCAAAGCUUUGGAGGUCUACACUGCUGCCUACCAAAAUAUACAAAAGAUUGAUGAAGAAGAAGAUUUAGAGGUUUUCCGAAAUUCUCUGUAUCCACCAGAUUAUUCAUCUCGUUUAGAUAUUGUAAGAGCAAAUUCAAAGUCACCACUUCAGAGAUCACUGUCAGCUAAGUGUGUAUCUGGAACAGGACAGGUACCCACUUGUCGACUAAGAAAGGAUCAACAAGCAGACGAUGAUGAGGAAGAGGAUGAAGACUUAGAUGUAACAGAAGAAGAAAAUUAAUUUUCUUAAACUUCACAUUUCCAUUUUUAUCUUAAAUGCCUUGGAAUCCAGAACUAAAUUGUAAAACUUUAUACUGGCUUGAUACAUCAAACUUCAAAAUGAAAUCCUUCUAGAAAUGUAAAAUAAAGGAAAUUUAUGUUGACAAAAAAUGGAGGCUUUAAAAAACAUUACACACCAGUCAUUUCAACAUCCUGUCUAGCAGUAUGUGAUCAUUUUGUAUAGGUUCCUUUUUUUUUUUUCAAAGACUAUGGAUUUUAAAAGUAUUUCAUAUUUAUGCACUAUAUACCUAGUUGAGGUUGCAAUAGUAAAUAGGUGACAAAAGAGAAAAAUAUUUAACAAUUCCACUGGCUUCUUCUAGGUUAAGAUACCAUGCUUUCAUUAUCAAAAAAGGGUCCUUACUCAUUCUGAUUAAAUAUAAAUUCUAUUCCAUUAAGCCUUAAUCAAAAAGGCAUCUUUUUUUCUUUUUCACUUUUACUAAAACCUGAAAUUUCUUCAUUUAAUACAUAAAUUUACUUUUCAACAAGAGUAUAAUCACUCUUGAUUAAAAGUAAUGGAAGUCUAGGAUAUCAGUGUUUUACAACUAUACAUAUAGUAUGUAUUUCAGCUUUAAAAGGAGUGCCAUAUUUAGCCUGAUUCUGGUUUUAAAGCAAAACUAUCAUACUUAAGUUGUCAUGGUACUACAACUUCUAGGAACCUGUAAUUUGGUGAAAUGUUGCCUAUGAAAGCAUCAUGAAAAACCAUAAAUCAUUAAAAAUUCUAUGAAAAAUGCUACCAAAUUACCACCUAAUAAAAUUGUUUUAAAUUUUCACACUUACUCCUGAAAAUUUAAAACAAUUUAAUCAGAGCCUUUCAGUAUGCUGCUGCUUUUGUUUCUUUGGAUAGGACAUUGUACUUUAUUUCAUGGGUCCCAAUCAGGCAUAUAAAAACUAUGAAAUUUAUAAAAUCAUUUGGGAAAACUACAGAAAAAUAAAGACUUUCUAGAAAGCUU